GCUUGUUGUAAGGUAAUGAUUGCGUGUGUGUUGCAGGUGUGCGCAAAAGUGUUCGGGAACGCGUCGGCACUAGCCAAGCACAAGCUGACGCACAGCGACGAGCGGAAGUAUGUGUGCAGCAUGUGCGGAAAGGCCUUCAAGCGCCAGGAUCAUCUAAAUGGGCACAUGCUAACGCACCGCAACAAGAAGCCGUACGAGUGCAAAGCGGAAGGUUGCGGCAAGUCGUACUGCGACGCCCGCUCGCUGCGACGCCACACCGAGAAUCACCACUCGACCGCCGCCUCCACCACCUCUCCCGCCUCCCCGGUGCCGGGGUCGUCCUGCAUCCAGUACGCGCCGCCUCCCACCACCACUGCCGCCUCCAGCACGGCGACCUCCACCACCACCACCUCCGCCUCCAAGCCAGCCGCCCCCACCAGUCAGCUGCAGCGGCUGCUCGCCUCCGAGCCCAGCAAUUCGCCGUCCAGUAGUUCGGGCUCGUCCAAGGGUUCAUCGAGCGAAGGUCUGACGAAGCAACAGCUGGACCUGUUCCACCAGAUCAUGCAGCAGACGCAGCUGCAGCAGCACAAGUCAUCAUCGUCUGUGGUGAGCACCAGCACCACCGUCAGCACCACCACUGCCACCAGCACCACCUCCACCACCACCACUGCAUCCAGCAAGGUUGCAUCCGUCACCACGCCGCUCACCAUCAACACCAGCAAGACAAAAACGUGGACGGUUCAGGUCACCAAGGCAACAACCUAUGGCAGUCUGAGCAAGCCGACUACUGUGACGAAUGUGUCGACGGUUGUAGCAGCUUCCUCAGGGGCGGUGGGGAGCAGUGCCGCCUCCACUCAGCUGGUGGUGACCACCGCCCCCGCGCAGAAGCCCGUCGAAUGCAACCUCUGCCAUCGCAAGUUCAAGAACAUACCGGCGCUCAAUGGACAUAUGCGGCUACAUGGCGGAUACUUCAAAAAGGAUUCGGAUAGUAAGAAAUGCGAGAAGAAAGAGACGACGGGCCCCCCACUGCAGACAGCCAGCAUGAGCGUGAGAGCUCUCAUCGAGGAGAAGAUCAUUCAGAAGCGCAUCACCAACCCCAGCCUUGCUGCGCACACGCAGACCAACCUCACCUAUUCAACGGCUGAAACGAGUAGCAGAACCGUGCCGCAGUCGCAGUACCCCGGCACGCCACCUUCCGACGAGCUCAACAUCAAGAUCUCGUCGUUCGUGGUGCCGGCGACGCCCACAACGGUAGCCGCAAACGUAAGCGGCUGCGGCGACAGAACGGGGCUGCGGCGGCAUUCUGACUCGGAGCACUUUGUGCCGCCGCGGACGCCGACGCUAGCCGACGCUGACGGUUGCAAGAAGCAGUCGCUGACCGUAGCGGUUGCGACCAGUGUGUCAGCCGGAACCAAAAUGGCCGUCAACUCGCUCAUCAAACGCGCCAGCUCCGAUCCGGGUGUGCUGCCUGAGAGGUACCAUCAACAACUACAAACAAAUUGUAUUUUGCUUCCAAGUUAUAGAAAUAUGGAACUCAUACCCGCUCAUAGAAAGCCCAUGCGGGCAGCAGCUCUGCAAGACAUCGCCUCGCUAGAGGAGUAUCAGAACUCGCCAAACAGCCAGCACUUCCAACACCACCAGGACCUGCAGUCGGUGCUCAACUCACCCCUUCCGGUCGGGCUGGCCGACUUCGCCUACUCGCACAACCAGGGCGGGGGUGGCGGGUCGCACAAGGACAAUGGCUUCAACUCUUCCGACACCAAGGACUUUGUCGGCUAUCCUCAAUCUCCUUUGCCGUCGCCUUCCUUCACAUACCCGACACCUCCCGCCAGCCAGGAAGGACAAUCUCCCUCCUUCGGACCGUUACAAUCGGUGAUCUCCCAGGGCCCGGUAUCCUCGCCUUUGUCAGCCGCCUUCUACACCUCCGCGAUGUCUAGUUCGGCCGCGGUCGAGGCCGCACUAAACGAAGUUCUCCCUCUGGACUCCUCACAGAACGUCUACCCUUCACCCCCACCCCAGUCACCUCUCUCCGCCACCCCUGUCCCGUCACCGCUUUCUCUCCCCGCCUCCUCGUCGUCGCCUCUCCCCCACGCACUGCAGUCACAGAUGAUGCCCGGAUCUGACGACCCUCUCCUCAGCAGCAGUCCCAAGGAUUUCGCAUCCAAAAAGCGAUUUGAUUUUCAAACAUUUAAGGUACUGAACAACGGUACAGUGGACCUGGGCUCGGCCGGCUCACAAAGCCUGACCGGAAUCGUGCUGGACCGCAACGGUGAGCUGAAACUGGUGACCUCCUAUCAGCCAAUCAAGACGUCGGCGGUGGUGAACGGCACAACGGCCGUGUUCGUGAACACGCGGCCCAAGGCUGAGUUGGUCGGCUGCGGCGACGGCGGAGGUCGUCUGCUGAAGACUGGCAAGGUGGUCACCGGUCGGCUGCUCACCACCAGCCAACAGCUCAGGGCGGCCAACAUCGGCACAACACAUCACACCAACAUCGGCACAACUCAUCACACCAACAUCGGCACAACUCAUCACACCAACAUCGGCACAACUCAUCACACCAACAUCGGCACAACACAUCACACCAACAUCGGCACAACUCAUCCCACCACCAUCAAGCUGCUCGACCACAUCAAGGAGGAGAUCGACGAUGAUGUAUUCCUCAGUCCCACCACAAUCGCGGCCAGCCCGGUGCGAUACCCUCGGAAGCGGCCACGACUGGAUGGGCAUAGCUUGUGCUACCCGUCAAGACUGCGAUCCACCCGCCACUCGACGGCUGCACUGCCGUACACGCCUCCGCCCCUCCUGCCACCCACCCGCAACGGACAGGGGCUCUAUUGGCAGUCAAUCACUACCUGGCCCAGUUCCACCACCUUCAAAGGAGAAUUGUCGAGUGGUGAGGACAUGGCGCCGGAGAGUGACGCCCUGCCGCACAUCAACAUUGGGCCGCAACACCAGGCGGCCAUCCCGCCAUGCAACGGCAACCAGGUCACAGACGAACGGGACCCAUUGCACGAACAUCUCCUCUGGGAUCCCGGCAUCAGCAAACUCACGUCUGACAAUGAAGUUGAAAUGUACCUGGAUUUCGCGUGCUGCGCCGCAGUGCCGGGUGGCGGCCGCAACAAAGAGUAUGCUCUGCAUCUGCUGCACCUCUGCAAUGGCAAUAUCCAUGAGGCAAUGCUGAAGCUGAUGCAGCCAACCCCUUCGCUGCCGGCCGGUCACCCCCUCCUCUCUUUCGAGUACACAGACAGCGAGCGGUGGAGUGCCUAUGAGAUGGAAGUCUUCCACCAGGGCCUGCUCAAGUACGACAAGGACUUCUCUUGUAUAGCACAGGAGGUCGGGUCAAAGACAGUUAAGCAAUGUGUUCAGUUCUACUAUCUAUGGAAGAAGAUUUGUGCUGAAGAUUACAAACGCUUACGAUUAAGUAGACGUAAAAAUAAGGAAACAGAUUACGACUUUGACUACAUUAAAACAGACAUUCCUGCCAGUGAUGUGGAACUGGUUUCAACAAGCUCCGAGAGCCGCCUCUUUGUAUGUGAAUACCCAGACUGUUCUGCUAGCUUCAACUCGCGUGCGGCACUGAACGGUCACAUCCGCAUCCAUGGCGGGGGCACGUGCAACCGGUGUCCGACACCCGACAGACGACAACUCGGCCACCACCCCGAGCCCAUCGACGAGUUUCCCUGCAAGAUCUGCGGGAAAGUUUUCAACAAGGUGAAAAGUCGGAGCGCGCACAUGAAGUCGCACCGACCGCCGGACGCAGAGCCAAAGAAGCCGAAGCUGGAUCCGCAUAAACUGGAAAUGGCCGAGCAGACAGUCGGUCGAGCCAUGGGCGUAACCUCAUCUAUAUCGGUGCAACGUCAUUCAUAGACAUCUAGCUGACAUAUUGUGUGUGUCCUUGUUGGUGCUCGAAACUGAUUGUUCAAAUCGCACAAAUUUGAAAAAAAACACAAAAACUCUACUAGCCUUCUCGCUCAACCUGUCCCAUGUGUACAUCUUCUUGCUUAACUAGGAAGCUUUUUGUUUCUAAGAAUACAAAUACAGAAAACUACAAAUUGGGAACCGAGAAUAAGUCUGUCACUCUCUAGUUCGACAAAUAGUGCUUCCCAAACAAUUAUUGAGCAGCAAAAUUGGGUUGAACUGGGUGCCAUCAAAUGACAGCAUUGUACCUACUCUUGAACUUAUUGGACUUGAAAAACGUCAAUAAUAAUAUUUUGUACUCUCAGCCUCGUUGAGUGAUAAAAAACUCAAUCACCGUAUAACGAGAAAUUAUAUUAAACAUCCAUAACCGUAUAGAGUGAUAAGAACACAAUCAUAGUGGGUGACGGGGUGUAAUAUGAUAUUCAUUGAAUUCUUAGCGACAGUAUCAAUUAAUAGAAAACUCAUUUUGAGUUAGCUGACUGAAACUUGAAACUGAAACUCAAACUCAAACUUGAUGAACAAUGGAAUGGAAAGUCGUAUGUUGUCUGUGAUAACUCUCAUGAGUUCACUUCAUGGCAAUACACUUCAUAGCAUUCGAGGUAAAUAUUUUGCCUAGCUCUGAGAAUCUAAAAGUUCUAGAAUACUUUGUGACUUUUUUGUCUUUCCUACCGUACUUAUUUUAUAAUAAUUGUGGAGAAUGUAUAAAAUAAUUCUCCUCGUUUUACUACCUCGUUUAUCUAGCAAAGCUAAAAAGACAUUGGAUCCAGUUAAUAAGACAAAAGAAGUAUCUCUACCGUACUAAGAAAAACAAAAUGAUUGUUUUGAAGUAAUUCCACAGUAUGUAAUCUACAAACGUAUUUUUUUCUUAGGAUUUCAGACUGUGAAAUAAUGUGCCUCUUAUCGAUCUGAACAUAUUUAUUCCAUUGAAAACAUAUUAUUCCAUAUUUAUUUCAUCUGAACAUUUUUAUUCCAUGUGUUUCCGAGUUGAAAUUUGCCUUCAUCACUCAGCACUCAUAAAACCAAGUUUGUUUGCAUUGCAUUUUUCCGGAGAGGAAAAUUCAUAGUUGAACGUUUCGUAAAUUCGUAACACAUUAAGCUUGAGCAAAGUUUCUAAAAAUAGACUAUGAGUUUCACCUUAAUCGUCGAGUUAUCAUUAAUCCUAUUUCUCUAUCUUAUUUGAAGCCCUCGAAAGAGAUAUACGUAGGCUAUAUUUGUUUAUUGUGGUACUUUAUUAACUCAUAGUUCGUUUUGUAGGCCUAUCACUGCCAAUAAAGAUCUCAUUAUCGUACCUCACUAUCAUAAGAUCAUCCUUUAAUGAUCUUAUCAGAUUUUACACCAGAUGCCACAUUUGAAUUAAAUUUUUAAUUGAUAAUUAUUAUGGAAUCAAAAUCAUUAGAGUGUCGUUUCAAAUCCUAUUGAAUUCUCAAUCCAUUGAAAUACUUCUUUAUCUGAAAUAGUUUCAUAAGUUAUUUUCCUCACUGAAAUGCCAAAUGAAAUUAACCAAUGUAGUGGAAUUACUACUACAACUUACUUUGAGUUUGCUUAAGAUAAAAUCUCAAAUUCGCCCAACUCUAAUCAAUCACAAUAUGUAGUUCAACGAACCAAUGUAAAAUAUUCUUGAAUCAAUUUGGUUUAGUGAAUAUACAAUAAUAUAUCUCUAAACCAAUUAGAUUGAAUGGUUGAUAAAGGAUGAAGAGUGAGACAAUAAUAUUUUCUGUAUUUGUAUGGUAAAACAAAUAACUCUUAUCUGGAAGUUGCAUUGUAUAUUUAGUUGAAAUUACCAGUUUCAAAUAAGUGGCAUACGAUUUGAUGGAGAGAAUAACACAGUAUUCGGCAUUCAACACAUUUAAUUCAAUUGUAUUCAAAGGGUAAUAAAUAAAAACAAAGAGUACCUUUAAUAAAAAUCUUAUUUUUGCCUUGCCGCAAUCAGAAUCUAGGAUUGAAAAUUCUUCAAACUUUGAAGAAUAAAUCUGAUGUUUGAAUGAAUAUAAGUUUUCUCUCCAGUCUAAAUAGUCUGCUCAAAACGUUUGAAAAUGGUAUCGUUGUAAUUCACCUCUACAUAAUCAUCAUAACUUUACUAGACCAGCAAUAAUAGGAUUGUAAGAUAAUUAUUCUGCUCACGUAUUUUUCAUUACUUGUCAUAGGCUACUCGUCUCAUUAAUUUUAGCCAGAUAAGAUCUCAUUACUGUUCGAUGUGUGUAUACCUAUUAUUGAACUAAAUUUGUACUUGAUAAUUCCAAGUAAUCAAUCUAUUUACAUACGACAAAAAAGACACUGAACAUAUCAAUAAUGCCCUUGCUCAUUUAAUUGAUAAUAAUUAUUAAUAUCUACACUCUGUAAUUUGAGUAUAUUAUAUGUAUGUGCGUAUUUGAAAUAAUUGAAAUAUUUGUAAUGAAUCAUACUAAUCAAAAAGAGAGGAUAAAUUUUCAAAGCUCCAACUGUGUACAAUAUUUUUAAUGAUUAUAAUAUUUUACUUACUUCUUACUUCAUAUACUAUUGAUAUCUACGAUAUUUGUAACAAAAGUAAUAAAUAUUCACAAUUUUAAUAAGAAAUUUUGAUGAACAAUCAGUUUCAAUGACAGCCAAUGAGGAUGCAUAAUAGUAAAUAUUGUUGAGUGGUGGUAAGAUAAGCUAGUUGUUUAGUGAACACUUGAUAUUUAGAAAGAAAACUAUAGAAGUUAUUUUUGCUACUAUUGUAGCGAUUAUUCCAGUGAUAUUACUCUUCAGUCCUCAUUGAAAAAGCCAAGAUAGUGCCAACCUGCAUUAUACCGACGAUCAUGUGAGGUAUUCCACAUAAUAAAAAAUAGUCUGGCUCUGUUAUUAUUGAAAUUGAUGAUCUUUUUGAUCGAUAUUUAUGGAAUAAGUGAAUAUUGAUAUUCAAUUUGGGUGUAUGGGUAUGCUUAAGGUAUAACUAUCAAGCUCUGAAAAGAUGGUUUAUAGGUACCUAUUUGUUGAAUUAUGUACAGCUUUUGUGUUUGGUGAUAUAAUUAUGAGAUGUAGAAUUUCUAUUGGUGUUUUAUGUUCAUUAAAGAAGCAUAUUCUAUGAAUUGUGUAAAAUAGUUCCAUCUUUUUUAUGUGUAUCGAUGAAUGUGUAAACUUAGUGCUUAUUCUUCGUUGUUUCGACUUCUAUGGUGAAUGGCAAAUUAAUAUGAUAUUGGAUUAGCAGUAUUACUGUGUUAUUUGUUGUUAAUAUGCAUUUCUGUGUACCCUCUAUAGUAAUUUGUGUUAUUAUUAUGUCUAGAAGUUUAAAUAAUCAGAAGAUAUUCAAACUCCUUUUCAAAUGUUAUCACGCUUAAUCUGACUGGCGUUGAGAAAUUAGUGGCUUUACUAAUAGGUUGAAAUUUGUUUGGAGAUUUUUCUGAAGCAGAGAAUUUUAUAGUAAAAACUUCAAUCAUUAUCUGAUAAAUACAAUCAGUUUUUUCAUUCUCCAAGAAGUAGGGUUCAUCCCAAUAGAAGCUCUUGCUUGAGUUCUUAUAUGUUAUUAGUGGUGUUGUGUGUUAAGUUUAUUAGAAUGAUUGGAGUAGGUACAUAAAUUGUAUUAACUUGGUCAUUUGUGUUCCAAAGAUAUAGGUACUAUACAAAUUAUUUUACAACGCCUUAAUAUGAAGUCAAUCAAACAAUAUUGUAACAAAUGAAUCAGACAUCGCUUAAUAAUUUCUGCUGUAAUUCUUUCAAUAUCAGUUGGAAUUUUAUACUACAAUAUGUAUCAUAAUUAUGCAUAAACAUUGAAACGAAAUGAAAACAUCUUGCUCAAGCAAACUAAUAAUCUUCCUAAAUUCAUCAAACAAUAAAGGUUAUUCCUCUAUCUAUAUUUAUAAAUCAAUUGAAGUAUUUUUUUAAUGAGUAAAUACAUUGAUAAUAGUUUCUUCAAAAUCAAUUUAUGUACCGAUUGAAUUCAAUAUUAGAUUUUAAUAUAAGAUUUCUGUAAUGUCAAAAUGUUUCUGAUUUUCAUUUUCCAUUAAUUAUGGGAGAAGUUGGAAAAUGGAGAAAAUUAUCAGAUUUAUAUAAAAAUUACCGUAAGCAAUAAUAUUGAUAUGGACUAGAAUGAGAAGAAUAUAGGUAGGUGAAUAGGAAUGAUUACAAAGCUCUCUUUAUUAUAUAAGACAUUCGAUUUUUGGGUUUUGUUAAUAUUACUUUCACAGGUUCUCCAACAAUAAUAGAAAUCAAUUUGUGUGUGUUUUCGUAUAAGCUGCUUGAAACACUACCUCCAUAAACUCGUGUUUUCGGAGGUAGUGCUUGAAAGCAGAGUAGAAAAGAUUUAUUAUUCUUGGGAAGUCUAUCGUUACUCAGCUGAGUUAUUAAUCAAAAGCAAACCAAACUAAGGUAUGUGCCAAUCUAAGCAAAUAGUUAUUGAUUUUUUGAGAAUAUGAUUAGGGAAUUGUAAUGAGUCAAAACAGGCAUAAUAAGCAGAGUAUUAUAAUAUUAUUAUAAUUAUAUUGUGGUUGGAUGUGGAUGCUAUGCUACUUUCCUAUUGGCCGUCGGUGGAAGUAAGUGCCUUGUAUUUGGUACUGCAGACGACACAAUGUGGAAAAGUAAAAAUUAUUAUUAUUCAUAAUGUUACUACUACGUAUGUAAGAAAGGAAAGCAAUAGACAAAAUACUGUCAAGGUAUUUAUCAUUCAUAAUAUAUAUUACAGAUGUUUGUUUUUCUAAUAAUGAAACUCGAAUAUAUAUAUAUAUAUUAUAUUACAAUGUAGAUUAUUAUACAUUUUGUCAAUGUUUGUAUUUGUAAAGAAACCAAACUUAUCGAUAGUAAAUAUCUAUUACUCUUUGAAUUGACGGUCGAUAAAUAGGAAAUCUUCUUUCUUGAACUAGGUACUGUAUAUGGAUAUAAAUAUAUUUUCAGUGAGACUAUUCUUGUUGCUGCCAGGCCACUACUCUGUGUUGUGAUAGAGUGUGAGUGUGUGAUUGAAUGUGUGUGUGUGUGUGUGUGUGUGGUGUGUGUGUGUGUGUGUGUAUGUCAGAACCCCUUCAAUAUUGAUUGACGUGUAUCAUUGGGCAGCUGACUCUAGGACACGUACGGUACUUGACAAUCCUAAAAAGCGAAAGAUUGCAUCUAACUACCCCCUAAACCCUCUCACGCCCACAGCCCACCCAUGGUCACAACAGUGUCCAGUCACGUGGUAUUUCAUGAAUAGCAAUCUUUAGUCUGUUAGUGAUAGGUAGUUGAAAUUGAAAUUGAAUCGUCAUGAGAUAACGAUAAUAUAUUUUAUGUUGAUUGUUGUGUGAUUGAGCACGCCUGGUCCGGUUCAAUAUCUGUUAAUAGAUGAAUUUGUUAGUGUAGCUGACCUCAUUGUCAGUUGACUUUUGUGUUUAUUGUUAAUGUAAUUUCAGGUGCUAAAGUCACUUUUUAAUUAUUGUUAAGGAUUAAUAAUGAUUAACGAUCAUGGGAAUAAUAUUAAUAAAACUAUUCGUUGUGUGCAUCCAUGUGUAAAAACCAUCUAAUUUUAGUUGUUACCAUGUUUUGAACUCCCUGUUAGGAUAAUAACUCAGAUUCAAUACGAGGAAACGUUUGUGAUCAACUUCGGUUUAUGAAAAAUUGUAAACACGAUAGAAGAAUAACAAUCAAUAAUUCACUUAGUGGUCUUUCAAAGAAAGAUGCAGUUUCGUAAUAAUUGCAGCCACAGUUUUUAUAAGAUGAUGAUAAUAUUAUAUGAUAAAGUUUGUUGUACAGUACGAAUUAAAUAUAUACUGAUAUGUUUGUUCAUCUUCUAAGAGAAGUUUGUGCCUGGAUUCUCCAUCUUGUGCCAAGUUUUCAUUUUAUUUCUAAUAAAUGAAGUUCGCUCAAUAUAUUUUUGAUCGGUGGAGAGGAAUCACGAGAAUCAUACUGUAAAUAUGAGAAUGUAUUUGAAAAAUUUGUCUGUACUUGUUGGGAAAUUUAACACUAAAAAAUGUUACUUUCCUACUAAAUACAAGUAUUUUCAAGAGAAUUAUCCUCUCCUAAGAUUAUAUCAUAAGCCCUCAACUUGUGUUUGAGUUGUUAUAUAGGAAGGAUGAUGAGCAAUGAGCAAUGAAUUAACUUACAGUUAUAUGUGAAUUCAGAACCAACGGGCUUUUGAAGCUCAGAUAGUGCUUCUGCUCUAUUAAAAAAGUUCAAUAUUCCAAACUUUGUAUUUCUUUAGGAUAAACUUGAUGAAGAUCCAAGAUCUCUAUAUCUGAAAGUCAUAAAAAUCAAAAUUAAAUAUUUCCAUAUUCAUAAAGAAAGUCAAAAGUAAUCAAUGGUAAUAACAGUUCAUUGAAUGUUUCUCAAUUUUUCCAAUUCAUUAGUAUAAUAUUAGUUGAAGCGUUGAAGCUGUCAGUGAUCAAUUUAUGAUAGCCUGAACAUUUAAAAUGUUCUCUAACAAUAAAAAGAGCACAUUUUUGUAUUGACGUUUUUCUACAACUCUUAAUAAUUUACAAACAGAAUAAUUAAAUUUUAUCGAGUAUUAUGUAGGAUGUGAGCUUAUAUUAUAAAUAUUGAAUGAAUACUAAAUUAAAUCAUAUUGAAUCAACAGAAGUACCGUUGGUGAUUCAACCUUUCAAUCCUUUACAAACUAUGCUCGUAUGACAACCAACCAACUUUUGUUUCUACAUUCUCAAUUCACGCUUCUCGUGAACCUUUCCACUGAUAGAUUUUCAUAAUUCAAUGUAUUAUUAAUACUGUUUGAAUUAAUCAUUCAGUUGAAUAAUAUCAAAUUGCAUACGUAAAUAGACUAUUGUGUAGAAGUGAAAAAGAAAAACGAUCUGAACUUUUAAGCAAGUUAUAAGGCCUAACCAUUGAGUAUUCGGUUUGUUUUAGAACUAUCUUUUGCAAAGAUUGGAUAUUAAUUGAUAUUAAAAUGGAUCUCCUUUUUGAUAUAAAAAAUAUUUCCCAUUCAUUGAAACAAAGUGCGCAUAGCCUAAUUAUUUAAUCAAAUCGACGAUGACUAUUAAAGUAAUAAAAGUGCCAAUAUCUCUCUCUCUCUUUACUAUCAUAGCUGUGCUUGAUUUCUUUUGCAAUUUUCUUAGUAAUAUUGUAAUGAAUAAGAUUAAUGUUUUCAUUUAAGGUGUAUGAAUAUAGAGUAAAUGUUUUCAUAUAUAUUUGUCAUUGAUGCUUAUUAUUCAUCGCUCGUGACGAAAACUGCUAAAAACGUUUUCAUUGCGUAGAUAUUAAUAAUAAUUAUUGUAACAUUAUCAUAAAACUACAUCUUUGAUUUCCAGUUCACUAUUGCAAGUUUUAUCUAGCUUCUUUUACUUUAUCUGUUUGACUGUUGUUUAUAUUAUAAUAAUAUUUGUAAUAAUAACUAAUGUCUCAUCAUAUAAUGUUCAGAAAAAAUAUCGAACUCAUAAUUUUUUAUGGCGAUUUAAUAAAUCAGUAAUUGAAAUUGUAUAGGGGAAAUAAGUGUGUUUUUUAUUAGUAUAACUAUAUUCAGCAUAUUAUAAUUCUCAUAUAAAAAUAUAUUGUUAUAUUUUAUAGCAAUCACUAUGAUUAUUAAUUGAUUGAUGAAAGUUUUAUUUACAUCUGAUCGUAAAACAUUCCAUUUCACCAUAAAUAUUGUAAAUCUUUCUAUUUUAAAUUUUUUUAUAACUCAAUAUCUAUUAUCAGUUAAAAAUCGAUAAAUAAUAUUUCAAACUUUAAUAUUCUUCUAUCUUGUUAUUUUUUGUCUCCUGAGAAGAUUACUUUUUGAAAAUUUGAAAUCAAUUGAUUAUUUUAUUGAAGUAGGCCUACUAUGUUAAUUAAGAAUCUUGAAUUUAUUAAUUAAAUAAUAUCCCUCAUGAUUCUGCCACUCACAUUUUAUUCUUGUCAGGAAAAAAAGAAAGAAAAUUGAUGAGUUUUCUAAUGAUCAGUAUAGGUUUUGGGAAUUGGAAUUAUUUAUUAGCCUAUCAAAAAAUCCCAAUUAAGAGGAGAUAUUUGGAAAUCAAUUUGUUCUCUACCACUUCUAUUUUCACAGCUACUGAUACAUAUUUUUUCUGGACGCUAUUUUUUGUUUCUUACAAUCUAUUUCUCACUUCAUACGAUUUGUAUUAUAGCAUGAUAAAUUCAUGAUUUUACAAUCGAGUUGGAGAAUAUUAUACACAAGGGUGAGUCUGAGGAAAAUAUUGAUUUUUGGUGUGUUUUCCAAAUAAUUUUCAAUACAAUGGCUAAUAUGCAACUUAAUGUUCCAGUAGCCUAUAUCGUUAUAAUUGAACCUCUUAUUAUCAUAAAUUAAUGGUAUUAAGUAGCCUACUUUAAUUUUAUUUUACCCGUAAUCUUCGCAUCAUGUUUUUUAUAGUCGACUAGAUCAUUAUUAUAAAAAUGCGUGUUCAUUUUAGCAUUCAUUGAUUGAAUGAAUGAAUGAAUUUUUGACCGAGCGAAGUGAGGUCUAAGAUUCAAGUCGACGGUUUGGCAUUUCUCUUAAUGUUUAAAUGUUUAUAUGUUGCGCAUUUACGGUGAAACGCGAUAAUUGAUUUUCAUGAAAUUUGACAGGUAUGUUCCUUUUUUAAUUGCGCGUCGACGUAUAUACAAGGUUUUUGGAAUUUUUGCAUUUCAAGGAUAAUAUAAAAGGAAAAAGGAGCCUCCUUCAUCACUACCUCCGUAAACAAAGCCGUAGUGCAUUCGUGUGACGUCAGCACAAAUAGGGCUCCUACACCAAUAAAAACACUAGCUGAUAUAGAUCAGCUGAAAUCAACGAAUUUUUACUUUCCUUGCCCUAUUACCAUAGGUAAGGAAAGUAUUGCUUUCCGGAAAAAUUAAGGUACCCCAAUUUCUAAAUUUUUAUACAUUUCAAGGUCCCCUGAGUCCAAAAAAGUGUUUUGGGAAUUGGUCUGUAUGUGUGUGUGUGUGUGUGUGUGUGUGUUGUGUGUGUGUGUGUGUGUACACGAUAUCUUAUCUCCCAAUCAAUGGAAUGAAUUGAAAUUUGGAACGUAACAAUAUAAGGAUCCGACACGAACAAUUUCGAUCAAAUGCGAUACAAGAUGGCGGCUAAAAUGGCGAAAAUGUUGUCAAAAACAGGGUUUUUCGCGAUUUUCUCGAAAACGGCUCCAACGAUUUUGAUUAAAGUUAUACCUGAAAUAGUCAUCGAUAAGCUCUAUCAACUGCCACAAGUCCCAUAUCUGUAAAAAUUUCAGGAGCUCCGCCCCAUCUAUGCAAAGUUUGAUUUUAGAUUCUCAAUUAUCAGGCUUCAGAUACAAUUUAAACAAAAAAAUUCGAAUGGGAAAGAUUGAACAUGAGAAUCUCUACAAUUAAUGUUCAGCAACAUUUCCACCUAAAAUUAAAAAUAAGCUCGAAAUUCGAGAAAAUGUGAUUAUCCACUUGCAAACUGUUGGCAACUGUUGAUUCUAUUAAAUGAUACACUAUGAAGAGAUUGCAGACCUCGUGGGUCUCCAGCGUUAUUGCCCUGUCAUCAGCUGGAUCAAAUCUUUGAAUAGUACAUUUUUGAUGCGCGGGAACACUAGCGUCAGGUGAUCAAUUUUCAUAACGGCAAGGAAAGUUGUGUGAGUGUACCACACCAGAUUUUUAUUGUUGUAGGAGCCCUACCUGUGCUGACGUCACUCGAAUACACUAAGGCUUUGUUUACGGAGGUAGUGCCUUCAUACGCCAAUAUUAGAGUAAAAAUCAGACUAUAGAAAAUUAUACAUCAUAAAUCAGCUGACAAGUGAUUACACAGAUUUGUGUGGAGAAGCCAGUCUAUUGCUGUAUUUCCAUAAGGUCUACAGUUUCAAUCAGGUACUUGUGGAUGAGAAUACUGCGUGAGAUCUACUGUUCACAGAACUACUAGUCACAUUGCUCUGCUGCUUCAAAAUAUGUUUGAAGCAUUUUGGUAUCUUUAGAGAACAAAUUGAGCUUUCAUAUACUA